CCGCCGCCUCCCGCCCCUCUGCCCUCCGACCCCGCCGGGGUCACGGCGCCGACGCGAUGACGUAGAGGUGGCGGCGCGGCGGGGGACGGCGGCGCUAGGGGCUGCGAGCGGCUCCCGGCUGCUUCUCGCGAGGUUUUCGGCCUAUCUCCUCAGGCCCGUUGUGAAUUUUCUGCAGGAUGUACCUGUGGAGCUUCGCCCGUGCCCCUCACCUGCUCCGUGCCAGGACCCGGCAGCAUCCGAGGGGGUUAAUUUGGCGGUGGCGGUCGGGAUGGUGCCAUUAUAAAGCCGUGAUCUUUGAGGCGAGCGGAGUUCUCCUCCCGUCCCCUCACAAGACAGCCGCGGACUGGGAAGCCCGGAAUUGUGUUCCAGCCGGCACCAUCCAGCAAGCUCUGCUCUCUGGAGGGGAAAAUAGUCCCUCGCUGAAGUACGGAAGAGGAGAGCUGACGAGCGCGGAGUUUUUGCAGGAGCUGGGACAGCAGUGCUUUGAGAUCGCAAAUGUCUGUGUUCCAGUGGACUCUUUUCUAUUGGAUUUAAUCAGAAAUGAGAUGAUAAAACAGCUCCCCAUCAUGGCAGAAGCAGUACAGUGUAUCCGUGCAGAAGGUCUUAAGACAGCUCUUCUAAGCAAGGACCUCUGUCUGCUGCGUGGAGGGAGCUUUCUGCCCCUUGAGGGAAAGCACUUUGAUGUGAUGGUUGACUCUUAUCGGGAAGGAACGUGCAAGCCAGAUCCUCAUGUUUACCAGCUGUGCUUGGAGCGCUUGGGCAUUCAGCCCCAGGAAUCCAUCUUCCUCGACAGCAGCAGCCAGAACCUAAAAGCCGCAGCCCAGCUUGGCAUUAAAACAGUGAAGGUCGAUGAUCCAGGAGCAGCACUCAAAGAGCUGGAAACCCAUCUGGGUUUUCCUUUGCAAGGGUUUGUUCCAUAUACUCGUGCAGUGAGACCAAGCAUGGAAAUCCCCAGAGAGAAUCUGCAGAAGUACCUUGAAAAUGUUCUCAGCGAUGAGGCAAAAGCCCCACUCGUGUUACGGCAGUUUGGCCAUGGACAGUCCACCCGGACCUACUGCGUCAAGUUUGGUGAUCACUUGCUGGUUGUGAAGAAGGAGCCCUGUGACCUGUGGUGUCCCUCAGGUCCUUCUGUUGGCAGGGAAUACAGGGUACUGAAGGCACUCGCUGAGGCUGGCGUUCCUGUUCCCACUGUACUUUCUCUCUGUGAGGACAGCAGCACCCUCGGCACACCGUUUUACCUUAUGGAGCACUGUCCUGGCCGUGUCUACAGUGACAUCUCCCUCCCUGCGCUGCAGCCUCACCAGCGAAGGGGUAUUUAUGCUGCCAUGAGUCAAGUCCUCUCCCAGAUUCACAGCAUAAACCUGAGAGCAGCCAAGCUGGAGGACUUCGGGAAGCAUGGUAAUUACAUUCAGCAGCAGGUUGAGACCUGGACAAAGCAGUAUCGAGCUAUGGAAACUCACAUUAUCCCAGCCAUGGAGAGACUCAUCGAGUGGCUGCCUCUGCAUUUUCCUGAAUCUCAGAAGACAACAGUCGUGCAUGGGGAUUUCAGGAUAGACAACCUGGUCUUUCACCCAGACAGGCCAGAAGUCCUUGCUGUCCUUGGCUGGAAGCUCUCAACCCUGGGAGAUCCCAUCUCUGAUUUGGCGAAUAACUGUAUGGCCUUCUUCCUGCCACCUCACUUUAGUGCACUGAGAGGCUUGAGGACAUGUGAUUUGCGGCACCUGGGAGUCCCCACAGCAGAGGAGUAUUCCCAGAUGUACUGUGACCACAUGGGAAUGGAGCUGCCUGAGAACUGGAAUUUCUACAUGGCCUUUGCCUUUUUCCGACUGGCUGCGAUGCUGCAGGGACUCCACAAAUGCGCUCUGGCAGGGAUGCCAACCCCAGGUGAAAGCAGCCCAGAGGAUACAGAGUUUGUGGCUGACCUGGCUUGGGAAUUCGCCAUAAAAGAAGGAUUCCGUGUGUUUGACAGCCUCCCCUCCACUUCCACAAUGAGCAGAUUAACACCAGCCAAGCUGUAAUCGCUGGUGCUGUUCCACCAAGGUCCUGACACCAAAGCUAGUGGAAUUCCCACACCUGCCAGCCCAACGAUCGCUCAUUCCCUUCCCCUGGCAGCCUUGCUGCUGCCUUUGUGUUGGAAAGGCAAAGUUAAUGCUCUUUAAUUUUCCUUGGGAGGUCCCUCAGGUAGGGCAGGGAGCUCUUGCACCUCCACAGCUUCCUUCCUUCGUGUUCUCUUUGCUGCUCCCCCUGGCAGAGGCUGUCCCUGCAGAUAUCCCCAUCACCAAACAGUCGCCUGCCCAGUGAUAAGCUGAGUGUGAUCAUGCCCUCGGCAGCACAGGAUCCGGGACGGCACUUGGACUUUGGCCCUGCCACUGUCCUGGGCUCUCCUGUGCAGAGCAGGUGCUGCUGCAGCCCUGAACCCUCAAAAAUGAGCGACAGUGACCACUCCUGGUGUGGUGGGGAGGAAGCAGAAACCAGCUACCAAAGUGACUCGUCCACGGUUGUGUGGUGGGUCAGUGCCAGAGAUGGGGGGAGCAUCAAGUCUCAAACUGGAGAGUUUUAAUUGUGUCUUUUCCUUCAAGGCAGGUCAGGUCAGUCCUCAGGUAUCAGGACACCCAGGUCCCCUGCCUGGGCUCUGCAAACUGGUUUCCCUGUGUUUCCAGUUCCUGGUGCUGCUGGUGGCCCUGGUGCGGAUCGGUGUGGCUGUGGCUCUGUGCUGGCUGGUGCUGCAAACAGAUCUGUGGGGAGUGGUGUCCUAAGUAAUCAUUCACAGAGCGCGUCAUGAAAGCAAACAUCCUUAUCCUUGGGUUGCUACCAAGAUUAUAUUCUUAACGAAUUCUAGUGACAUUAUGAAAUUCUAGAGGGUUAUUUAACUGCCUUUCAGCUGCCAAAAAAAUAAUCCUAUCUGUUGUUCAGCCCUUCAGAAACAUUUCCUUGUGCUCUGGCAGAAACCAGCACAGACAGCAUUGCAGGGUGCUUAGCGGCUGAUCUGCUGGGAAGGUGGAAAAGCCGGGAAGCAGCAGAUCUGGGGAAUCUGAGCAUUGAGCAGAUCUCCUCACCCUUCUUCCCACCACUCGUCUUCAGAGCUGGGAGAGAGUCACCAAUCGUCAGGACUGCCGCACUGUCUCUACUCCGUGCCUUGGGCUUGUGGUGGAGACACUGCUCCUUGUCUGGGGGAGCAGAGAGCCCCUCAUCCUGCCACCUCCCCAUCCACCCCACUGUUCUUUCCCUUGGCACUGUCCCUGCACGGUCAGCCUUUGCUGUGGAAGGGUAUUGUGAAAUUCAGGGAGGAGUCUUGCUGUUUGCAGUAGAAAGAUAACGCAGUGAAGUGUUAAACAGCCAGAUAGCCCUGGCCUGGGACUGUCACUGUGCUCAGGAGCUGGGCAAGGGCCAAGGGAAAGGGCCUGCCUGCUCCGUGCCAGCUGGCACCGCAGGGGCAGAGGGAGGUUCGUCCCAGCGAGCUUGGCAGCAAGAAGUCCUUGGCUGAGGAGCUCUCGGCUGAACGAGGCAGCAUCUUGGCUGAUCUGGCCACAUCCCACAUAGGGAGCCAGCAGACUUUGCACAUUGGUCCCAAGGGCUGCCUAUCCUCACAGUUCUCUGGGGAGAUCCUCUCUGAGGUUGCAGAGCAAAGCUUAGUUUCUCUUUCAGAGCAAGCACGAGUGUGUCUGGCCAAAGCACGGGGCACAGAGCUGCGCUGCCAGUGUUGUGCAGCCUUUCACUUGCCCCGCGUGGGCUUUGGUCUCAGUCUCACACAGGUCUCUGGAGCAGAUCCCAACCUGGUGUGUCCCUCUGACCUGAGCCCCAUGUCCAGCUGAAGGUCCCACGUGGUUCACAGGACAGCACUCUCCAAACCAGAGCCUCGGACGUGAGACUCAACCAGCCACUCCGGUGGGGGAGAAGUCACGCUCACAGCAGCCUGGCAGCUUCUGAAUUUCCAUGGUGUUUGCUAUUAUCUUGUAUCUGGGCUCAGCACUUUUAUUGCCAGGCUCAAUCGGUGUCAGGCAAAACCCACCCCUGGAUCACGAGGCCAUCAAGCCCAACCUCCCAGCGGGGAGAGUUGGUCAGGUGGGGGUGCAAGACUUGAUUUUGAGAAUAAAGAUAAUGGAGCAGGGCGUCUCUCCUCCUUCAGCGCAACACCCCCAGCUGCUUGCAGGCUCUAGAAGGGCUUCAGUCAGUGGUGCAGGAACUGAAUCAGGUCCUUGAGGACUCCUGGCUUCAGGGGCAACUUUGCCUGGCCCCUGGAGUUAUGAGGAACUGGGAGGACUCCAGUGUCCCCUGACUGCAAUGGAUCUCCCUGUGUUUCUUUGGGGAGAAGAGACCAGCAGCGAGGAGAGAACAAUUGGGAGUUCCUGGGCUCCUAAUGGGUAAUCUUGUAUUAAGUCAAUAUUAAAGGGAUGGGCAUACUUCUUUGAA